GGGGCCGCAGGGGGUUGUCCGCCCGCGGCACGCACAGCAGUCGCAGCCGCCUCGCGCCCGGUCCCGCGGUCGCAGCUCGAGCCGCAGCCUCUGCGCCGCCACCGUCGCCGCCUCAGCCGCUCGCUUCGUGGGUCGGUCCCUCCGGCACACGGGCUCCAGCCGCGUCGCAGCCGUCCCCUGAGCCCCUCAGGCCGCCCCGGUCUCCUUGCCCGGCCCGACCCAGCCCGUGAAGAUGGUGGACCGCGAGCAACUGGUGCAGAAAGCCCGGCUGGCGGAGCAGGCGGAGCGCUACGACGACAUGGCCGCGGCCAUGAAGAACGUGACAGAGCUGAAUGAGCCACUGUCCAAUGAAGAAAGAAACCUUCUCUCUGUGGCUUACAAGAAUGUAGUCGGGGCGCGCCGUUCUUCCUGGAGGGUCAUUAGUAGCAUUGAGCAGAAGACCUCUGCAGAUGGCAAUGAGAAGAAGAUAGAGAUGGUCCGUGCUUACCGUGAAAAAAUAGAGAAGGAGUUGGAGGCCGUAUGUCAGGAUGUGCUGAGCCUGCUGGAUAACUACCUGAUCAAGAAUUGCAGCGAGACCCAGUAUGAGAGCAAAGUGUUCUACCUGAAGAUGAAAGGGGACUAUUACCGCUACCUGGCCGAAGUAGCCACUGGAGAGAAGAGGGCGACCGUCGUGGAGUCGUCUGAGAAGGCCUAUAGCGAAGCCCAUGAGAUCAGCAAGGAGCACAUGCAGCCCACUCACCCCAUUAGAUUAGGCCUGGCCCUUAACUACUCCGUUUUCUACUAUGAGAUCCAGAACGCCCCGGAGCAAGCCUGCCACUUGGCCAAGACCGCUUUCGAUGACGCCAUCGCCGAGCUUGACACCCUCAACGAGGACUCCUACAAGGACUCCACGCUCAUCAUGCAGCUCCUCCGCGACAACCUCACGCUCUGGACAAGCGAUCAGCAAGACGACGACGGUGGAGAAGGCAACAAUUAAGGCCCCAGGCAAGGAGAGGAAUGAGUCAUUGAGGAAAACCUGAGCCUCCAGUUGUGAAAUACACACAUUGACCAGGAUCCAGGUGGCAGUGAAGCCAGAAGAGUGUGGCGAUGCCCUGUAACGUAGCACAGUUUACCCAGCAUGACUUUCCUUAGGAGGUCCCCUCACAUGCUAGAGCAGAAGUCCCAACUAACCGAACCUGUUAGAAGAGCCAACGGAAGAGAGCUUUACAGCUUCUGUCCCUGACGGGGGCCUAAGGUCAAAGCUAUGGAUGGGAACAGUUGCGGGGGAGGGAGGUGGGGGGGGGUUGGGGGGGCUUUCCUUAAUUUAUCUUCAUGUCCAGUGAGCAGUGUUGUGUCCUUCCUUGUAGCAUUUGGAAAUGAUUUACUGGAAUUACAAAACCUAUUUUUCUUUAAAAUUUCAGCUUUGGCUCUGGCUGCUUUUUAGAAUAAUGCAAGAUAAAACCACAUCUGAGGGCUAAAAAUGAAGAGGGAAUGGGAGACUUGAUAUUUAAGCAGCUUGAAUGGUUUCUUUUCUUUUCUUUAUUUUUAAAGAAAUGCACUUGCCUAUGAUACUGUCUCUCCAGUGAAAUGAUUACUCCUCCAUUACUCUAUUGAUACAAUAUUGUGCAUGCUAGUGUUGUAUUUCUAUACAGUAGCUUGAAAUUUAUUAACUUAUACUGUAGGUGUUAUGUAUUCCUAUGACAAAAAAAAAUUAAGUCUUCAAAUUUUUUAAAGUUUUUUUAAUUUAAUUUUUCCUUUGGGGGUAAAGUUUGCUCUACCAAAUAGUGAUCGUAAACAAAUUGAUCUGUUUUGGAUGUUGCUAUAGUGACAUGCAGUUAUAUAUUUUGUUUUUAAAGGGGGGGGAGCAAAAGAAACACCAGUGUUAGCUUAAUCUUAAUGUCUGGUGUUUGUCAUGGUGAAAUUAUAACUAUUACAGUGUAGGAGAACAACGAAUAUGUUCUCUGAAUGAGCCUUUGUGCUUUUUGUCAUGUUAUGCAGUGAACUAUUUUUAAGGUCUAAUCAGUGAUUAUUUUUCCAACUCCGUGUUUCUCUAAGGAAUUAUUUCACACACGGACCAUUCUUAGCAGUUUUCCUCAGUGAUGGAAUAUCAUGAAUGUGAGUCAUUAUGUAGCUGUCGUACAUUGAGCAAAUAAACUUACAGAUCUGAUGUCA